GUCGCAUUGUGCGGCGCAUCAAAGUCCGGUGUACAUUAAAAUAAUACACCUAAACAAAAUUCAUUGUCCAUUCUCUCACUUUCGGUGAGUGGUUAUAUAUAAUUUUCCGGUUAAAUUUUAGGGCUCUGUCCAAAGAAAUGACAAUCGACGACGAUAAUUCCGUUUACGUCGGAAACCUGCCUUACGACGCUACUGAAGAUACUAUUCGAAGGGUUUUUGAUCUCUACGGCCAAAUUAUCGCUGUCAAGAUGGUUAAUGACCGUGGAGUAGGUGGAAAAUGCUUUGCUUUUGUUACUUUUACGAAUCCCCGCUGUGCAGAGGAUGCCAUCAGUGAUAUGAAUGGAAGGACCAUUGGUGGACGAGUUGUAAAGGUUAAUGAAGUGAAAAGUAGAAGUGGGAGGUCAAACUUUGGCCGUGACAAUUUUCGACGUAAUAUUGACAGAGAUGUUGAGUUGGAAAGGGGCAGAGUUAGAGAUGCAGAUAGAGACUAUGAUCGUGCCAGGGAUCGGUCUCAUGAUCAAAAUAGGGAAUGGUCCGAAGAUCGUGACCAGGGUAAGGAAAGAGCAUAUGACCGUGCACGUGAUAUUGAUCGGAAUCGGGACCCUUUUAUUGACAGGGACAGGGGACAUGAUGGAGAUAAGAUAUUGGAUCUCAUUGAACAUGAACGUGAAAGAGAUCGUGAUCAACAAGACAAGGGUCAAGAGAAGGAAAUAAGGAGAAGUGUCGUUCAUCAUCGAAGUGGGAACAAGUACAAAGAUCAAAUGUCUAAAUUAUCAAACGGUUCUGAUUCAAGUGAGCGCCAUAGCAGAGACUAUCAAUCAGGUUCAAGUCGUGGAGAUCAUGAUCAGGUUUCAAAGAAGCUUGACGUCUCACACCAAAAAAUGGAAGAACUCCAAAAUGAGGUUUAUCACAUGGAACAGCUAUUAAAAGAGAGAGGUGACCAUGUAUCUAAGCUGCAAGAGAAGUCUCAGUUGCAGAAACUAGAGGAUGCACUGGCAUCUGCCAAGAAGCUCACUCUAAAGCGUAGGAAGCAGUUAGUUAAGCUACAUAAAUGCUUUCUUAAUAUGAAAGAAUACGGUGAGAAACUUAGAAGUUGUGAGGAGGAACUCCAGUCUCUUGUAGGAUCAACGCUCAAAGAACUAGAUAAUCACAACGAAUUUGCCACAGACGGACUCCUAGCUAGCUAACUGGCAUAGGUAACGUAUACCUCUCAAGUGGUAGCAUGUAAGCAAACUCAUGAUUUGUUUUGCUGUAGAUAUCUAGUUACAAACAGAUACCGAAAUUGCUCAAAAUUGUUGAAGCCAGGGUCAUAUCACAAAGCUAACAUCUCUUUUUUGUUGGGGCCUGGGCCUUCUUUUGUGAGUGGGUGGGUUGUGAAUGUGAGGUUUUUGCUGAAUAUAGAAUUGUCAUGCUCAAAAAAAGGAAAGUAAUGGUCUUUUGAAGAAAGCAAGAAAGGGUUCUUGGGACUUGUUUUGUUCUUAUUUUUUAAUUAAACUAAUUCAAAUCAAUAGUAUUUUCCUAGUUUUUACCAA